GGUGUCCUUCAGUACGGAGGAAAUACAAAAGCCACGAUUCUUCCUCGCAAAGUCUACUCUUCUGUUGGGCGAACUCGCUCAGCCUCUCUCAUCCGUUUUUGCGUAGUCCUCACGUUCUACAUCCAGUUUGGAAGCUGCCCAAGACAAACAGCAGAAGAAGAAAAUAUGUUCGGGCACGCACUCUCGCUGGCCAGUCGUAGCGUCCAUAGCGGAGGCCCCACAACACCGCUGCUGCAGCGCAAGCUGACGAUGAGCAAGCGGCGGCUCAUGAUGAAGCAGCCGCACUACUGCAAAACGACCACAUCGGGGCCGCUGUGCGUGAUGCUCAUGACGUUUGUCUGCUUUAUGAUUUACCGAGCGCGUUACUCGGAGGAUGAUGAUAGCAUGUUCCGUUGAUGAUGAACAGGGUCAGGAAAGCUGUCUGCCGCUUCACCCAUCUUUCUUUCUCAAAGCGACGCGUGAGUUUCUCACAGGGAGUGAGAUGAAGGUGCGCGCGGCGGCACAACGUUGGCGGCCACGCUGUGCCGCUCCCCACGCGUUGCUAUUGGGCCGCGGCGCCGACGACGAUGGAGGGCAUCGUUUCAAAAGACAAGAGACCUUACGAGUUUCGACGACGGUCGUUUCGGGUAACAAACGUGAACUGUUUUUUUUUCUCUUCUCCCGACCUGAUUUCGAUAUCUUCACAAGAAGCUGCUCCGUAAUACGAAAGCACCCACGUAGAUAA